CUCCAAAACUUGACCUAGUUAUCCCUGAAUUUUUGUUCUCUAUUCCCCGUGUAGAAUAUCCACAGAAUAUUCAGCCCGCUUAUCUGAUACUAAACGUGGCCAAGUCAAGAGGCUGCACGUGUGAGUUGGUCGGGUUGCUUGCGGAGCUCCACCUGACAAUUGCGGUUGAUCCUCCAUAACCGCUUCGAUCGCCGUCACCCGUUCAUCAACCCCAUCUUCCCCCCUCAGCAGCAGUCUGCUUGGAACUAGGUUCCCGCUGCAAGCAAAGAUUUCCUGCCCUCUGGGCUUCUCAGCUUGAUCUUCUAUUAUUUCACUUCACCUGAGUCUUCCUCUUUCUCGUAUUAUGUCCCUCUUCCGAUGACCGCUGCGAUCGUCAAAUGAGCCCCGGUCGGCUCAAGCUGUCUUCAACAUGGCUUACUUUUUGCCUGCGUAUUUCCAAAAACAGGCGAUCAGAUAUGUUUUGUCGCGGCUAGAGCUGUUCGAUGCAGAGACUCUAGAUCUGGAACGUCUGGGCCUCUGUUGGGGACAGAGGAGCUCGGUGGAGCUACGUGAUGUUGGCCUAAGGCUGGAGAAACUGGCCAGUAUCCUACAUCUGCCAUCCUCGAGCAAGCUCCUCGGCGCACGCGUCCGCUUUCUGAAACUCACCGUCCCCGCCGAUAUACGCUCCAGUGGCAUCGUCUGCCAAGCUAGCGGGAUCGAUAUUCACUUACGACUGUUACCAGAAGAAGAAUGCCAUGCGGGUAAAGAUGGCCAAGGGACGUCACGAAGAGAUCCUGGUCCGGACAACAUCCUUCCUAACCCCGCCGACUUGGCGGAGUCGUUCCUCGAGGCCGAACCGAAGGAGGAGAAGGAGGAAGUCCAGGCCGCGAUCUACUCUCAAUCCCAGGUUCUCCAACGGACGACAUCAUCUCUGAGUGAUGACGAUGAAGAUGACCUAGGGUUGGGAAAUGAAGGCGUUUCGUUGCCCACGUUCGUGGCCGACUUCCUUCAGGGUGUUGCCGAUCGUCUACAGGUCCAGGUGGAUGACAUAUCGGUGCGGAUCGAUAUGGAGACGAAACAGGAGGGGAUGUCAAAACGCCAACCCGAAGACAAACCUGAUCUGAUCACUGCGCUCCUGACUGUGCGUCAAGUCUGCGUCGAGGGGGUGUCUGUCUCCGAUGAGGUCCCGUCGGGGAUAGGGAAGCGGCUGGUGUCGCUUUCUGAUAUCAACAUCGCGUUGAUCUCGGAGCCGGUUGUUUUCUCAAACUACUCCAGGUUCAACGCUCCCCCAGAAUCACCCUCCACUCCCACGCAAUCGAGACCGAGCCAGCCUCCGAGCAGAUACCCCUCUCCUCCGCCCAUCGAUUCGUCCUCCUCGAGUGUCGCCCUGGCGAUGACGAAAUCGACGAUCUUUGAAAACCCAGGGACCGUUGUGGGACCCGUAUCCAGACCGGGCGAUGCACCGGAAAUGGAAUCCUCUACCUACACUUAUGACGGUCGAUUCUCGGACGCCGAUACGGAAGAAGACCAUCCGCCCUACGGCUACCUCGAAGAUUCGCAAACCCUCUCUGAUGAUGAAAGACUUUUAGACAACCCCGAUUAUCUCGACUCGGUAAUCGACACGCAACUUCAUGAUGAAGAUAUUGAACGAUCCACAGAUCUUUUGCUCCAGGAUGAACAGCGGUUAUUGAAAAGCGACGAUACGCCACGCCCUCGGAGCCCUGGCCCACAGUUCGCCCAAUCAAUGCCUUAUCGCGACCAAGCUGGCGCGCCAAGCUCCACGCCACACCUCCUGGACACGGGGUCUGUUGGCUUGUCAAGCAGUAGCCGCCACGACCAGCACGAUCUCAACAUGCGAUCAAGCUUCCCUCGGGCUCCGUUACUCGACAUGUAUGCGGACGAAUCGCCCCAUCAGGACAAUGCGGAUAUGCGGACAUCACAAAUCACUUCACCUCCUUCUGAAACCUCGAGUUCGGAUUCCGCCCAGGAAAAUUACCGGGAUGCGGAGCUUUCUGAGUCGAGAUUAUUCUCCCACGAACAGGCUCAGAGCAUGUACAUGAGUGCCAUUAGCCAGGCAUCUACAACGAAGAGCUUUAUGCCGAAUAUCCCGGGUGCCUGGGACACGCCAGAGACGACGAUGGCAAGGGAUACAGUUACAAGCGGGCGCUCUGGCGAUACAGGCGACAGGGCUCGCGACAGGGACUUUACAAACGACCAGGAUGAUGAAACCAUGAUCUCAACCCCAAAGCUCGGUGCUCAGUCUGAACCCCAAUUGUCACAGAGCCAAUUUUCUGAUCAUUCUAAUGCAGCAGGGUCAGAUCCGACCGACAGGGGGUCUGCCAGGUCUGCACCGACUCUAGAAAAGUCGGACGUUGCCAAGCGGCUUUUCAAUAUUGACCAUAUAUCCGUGUGGAUUCCCUCCCGUGAUGGUGAUGGCAGUGAACCGGAUGAGAAAGAAACACCCUUCGCUCACCCCAGAACGAGGGCAGAUAGCCUGCGGGAUUCGACGAUGCAUAUGCAGGACUCUACAGUGGAGGGAGAUCUGUGUUCAUCUAGAUCCCAUGCCUUCGCGCGACCCCGGAAUGACUCCACGGCCUCAUCGGUUUUACCCGGAAGCCCUCUGCAUCAUGGUGGCAACGAGCGCGAGCGCAAAGUGGACGAAAGCCAAGUGGCAGUCGAGGUAGGCUCGGUAGAAAUACAGUUCGACAUUGCCACCGGAUGGCUUGUUGGCAAAGUGGGACAACGGCUCGUGGCCGCCUUCAAUCCCGGUGAUGUUCCAAGCAAAAAGCCGCCAGCGGAACAAACCUCAAGCAAGCAAGCUUUCCGUCUCGUUCUCAACCAAAUAUCUAUCAAGUUUGUGGAGCACGUGCCAGGGCAGGCAUGUCCGUCCCAUGAAUCGGGGCUGCAGUCCCCCGUCUUUUUUGGUUUACUACAUGAAGAUGUCCUUCUGCAGGCUCAGGCGUCUGGAUUGGAGGCUGACUUCUUGUCGACCGCGGCCACCACCAAAUUCCGCUUGGAUGUAUCGAAAAUCUCUCUUGGAUUCGCUUCGGAGGACCUGGUAUCUUUCAGCGAGGACUUGAAAAUGCGAGAAUCGACAAGAGACGUUCUGUCGCCAAUGCAUGGUGAUAUCUCUCUUUCGCUGACCAAAUCGUUGGAGGCGGCCCGGGUGAACUUCACGACACUUCCGCUGCACCUGAAUCUCAAUAUCCAGCGUUUAGAGGAACUGAUCGGGUGGGUUGGUGGACUUAGUACCAUCCUUGAACUUGGAAGUUCCAUAUCAUCUGUCUCGGCUGCAAAACCGCCGAGAAGCGAACCACCUAAACCCCGACGUGGCGUGCACUUUGAGUCUGCACCCCCGCCUGCAGUGAGGUCUGAAAGUCGCUCUGUUCCGUGGAAGAUGAAUUCUCGCAUCGGCGGUGUGGCAGUUGAUGUAGUCGGAGAGACGCAUUAUCUCAAGCUACGGACUUCCGCUGUGAAAACAGUCAGUCGAUUCGAAGGAAUUGGAGUCCAGAUCGACAAAGUCAAAGUCAGCGGGCCAAUACCUUUGGGUGGUUCCAAGGAUGCCCCGGCCAAAGUCAACAUGGGCAAUGUCCGAGUAGAAUUCCUCUACGCUCCCAAGGAAGCUGAUUUGGAUCGUCUGCUCUCGCUCAUCACGCCGUCUCAGGACAAAUACGACGAGGACGAUGACAUUAUGGUGGACACUUUGUUGAAGCAACGAAGGCAGGGUUCCGUGCUAAGGCCCACAGUUGCCGAAGCAAAGCUUGUUAUCAACCGUACCUCAGAGUUGGAAGCACUUGUACAACUCGGCGAGGAGCUGGGCCGGCUUUCUAACGUCGCCAAAUACCUACCCGAAGAUGAUCGCCCGGGGAUUCUGGUUCUUCCUUUAAUUCGGAACUUUGAGGCUCGCGUGCAAGUGGGUGGAAAAGUGGGCAAUAUCUCCAUUAGCAUGAAAAACGCGGAGGCUGCUCAUAUCAGCAUCCCGUCGCUCAUAGCUGCCCAGGUGGGAUCUAUAAAUUUGGUCCGAAAUGGCCACGAAGAGCUGCUGGGAGAAGCACUUCCGUCGAGCCCGAUGCAUGAUCCAACUGCCACUGAGCAUCCAAUGUUGAUGGCUCGGUUUAUCGCUGAUGAAAUGGAGCCUACUAUUAAGAUCAAGUUGCAUCGCCUGCGUGCAGAAUACACGAUUCCUUCCAUCAUGGCGGUCCUCGGGCUAGGUGACGACGUAACGACCGGCGAUGUGGCUGUCAACAUGGCAAAUUCCUUAGCUAAUGUUGCCGAGAUACAGCAUCCACAACGUCGGUCUUCGUCUCCUAUGAGCCCUGGAAGUCCGAAAGAUCAUCAAAAGCCCAUCAAGCUAGCAAUGACUCUUCGGGACUGUGUUCUUGGGCUCAACCCUCGGGGCACUCCUGCCAAAGGUUUGUUGGUGUUAACAAGUGCUAAAUUUUCGGGUUCCAUUCAUGAUUCCGUUGCUUCGGAAGCAGUAUUGGAUCUGCGUAAAGCAUCGGUCAUGGUGAUCGACGACAUCCACAACAUCGAUAUGGCGGGCAACGUACGCCAAGGGAACUGGAGUGACCAGGGCAACGCCGUCCAAUCUUUCAUGGACCAGGGAUUUGUCCCGGUUUCCACAAUAUCAUCAGCAACGGCAACCGUCAGGAUCAUGCAGCUGAGUGACGACGGGACAAAAUCACUAGAUGUGGAACUAAAGGACGAUUUGUUGAUCCUUGAGACUUGUGCUGAUUCUACCCAAACCCUCAUCAGCAUAGUAAAUGGUCUACAGCCCCCUACCCCUCCCAGCACAGAGACAAAAUAUCGGACAGAGGUCCUCCCAAUUCAGGACAUGCUGGCUUCAUUUUCUGGAGACGCGUUUACGAUGGACCAGUCCCCGGAUCACGAAACUUCUCAACCAGCAGCUGGGUCUGGUGAAGAUUCUCCCAAAAGGGAGACUAUCGACGACGAGCUGGAGUAUGUCAGCGAUUUCUAUCCUGUGACUCACGGACCUGGACACGAAUCUAUUCCCGAGGGUAUGGUGGGAUCGGAAUCGAGCGACCUCUUAGACAGUUUCCAUUCGCAAUACUACGUGUCGUCUAGCAUCUCCGACCUUGAAUUCCAAGAUGAUCAUUUUGCGAAAAAGUCUGCCGUUGGAGGGACAGCACACCGGUGGGAUUCAACACGGAAUACCUAUGGCCUUUCGGACGACUCCAAACUCCAGAAAAGUCCCUUGAGAAUCAGAGUUCGCGAUGCUCACGUCAUCUGGAAUUUGUUCGACGGGUACGACUGGCAGCGGACUAGGGACACCAUAUCGAAAGCCGUAAAGGAUGUGGAGCGCAAGGCAACGGAGCGGCGUGCGAGGUCUGGAAGCCGGGCGUCGCCAGGCUUUGAGGAGGAGGAGGAAUCCGUUAUUGGAGACUGCCUUUUCAACUCUAUAUAUAUUGGCAUUCCGGCCAACAAGGAUCCGCGAGAGCUCCGCAGUGAUAUCAACCGAAAUAUCGACGACCUCGUCAGUGAGACCGGAAGUUACGCCACCACAACCACCGUCACAGGGGCUACGGCACGCCAAAACCAGCCCCCUUUGUCUCGCAAGAAAUUGCGCUUGUCGCGGAGCAAAUACCACAAGAUGACUUUUGAACUCAAAGGCAUCUGUGCGGAUCUGGUGGUCUUCCCGCCUAACUCGGGGGAGACACAGAGCUCCUUGGAUGUGCGAGUCAAAGAUUUGGUGAUCUUUGACCAUGUCCCUACGUCGACGUGGAAGAAGUUUGCUACGUAUAUGCAAGAAGCUGGGGAAAAGGAGAGCGGAACGAGCAUGGUACAUAUAGAGUUACUGACAGUGCGCCCUGUUCCUGAACUAGCGGCCUCCGAGAUCGUGUUGAAGGCUACUCUUCUCCCCCUUCGACUGCAUGUCGACCAAGACGCUCUGGACUUCCUAUGUCGGUUCUUUGAGUUCCGCGACGAAUCAGCACCCGAACCCAGCUCCCCAGGCGAUAUUCCGUUCCUCCAACGGGUUGAAGUGAACUCAAUCCCUGUCAAGCUCGAUUUCAAGCCCAAGAGAGUUGACUACGCCGGUCUUCGCUCCGGGCGCACGACCGAGUUCAUGAAUUUCUUCGUCUUGGACGGGGCUGAUAUGGUCAUGCGACACGUCAUCAUCUACGGUGUAUCCGGCUUCGAUAAGAUGGGGCAAACACUCAAUGAUAUCUGGAUGCCUGACAUCAAGCGGAACCAGCUCCCCGGUGUCCUUGCCGGGCUAGCCCCAAUCCGAUCGCUCGUCAACGUUGGCGGUGGCAUGAAAGAUCUCGUAGUGGUCCCUAUGCGAGAAUACCGCAAGGACGGGCGCAUCGUCCGAAGCAUCCAGAAAGGCGCAGUCUCAUUUGCGAAAACCACUUCAAACGAGCUAGUCAAGCUAGGCGCGAAGCUCGCCAUCGGAACCCAGACCGUUCUACAGGGCGCAGAAGACCUCCUCACCACUCCCGCCCCUGUGGUGAACCUAGAAGAAGGCCAGCUCGACGAGGAAGAAGCCAAGAAGAUCUCGCCCUACGCGGACCAGCCAAUUGGAGUUGUGCAGGGCCUGCGAGGCGCCUUCCGCGGGCUGGAGCGUGACCUGGUCCUGGCCCGCGAUGCGAUCGUGGCAGUUCCUGGCGAAGUGGUCGAGAGUGGAAGUGCCAGCGCGGCGGCCAAGGCUGUGUGGAAGCGCACUCCAACCGUCAUCCUUCGACCGGCCAUUGGAGUCUCCAAAGCCGUGGGCAAAACGUUACUCGGUGCUGGGAAUACGUUGGACCCGAGUAAUCGGCAGAAAAUGGAGGAUAAAUACAAACGACACUGAAUGUCGGACGCGUAUAUUUCGUAGUCCAGUGUGGACAUGUUGGUGGAUCAUAUUCUUUUUUCUACACACGCACACACGCACACACGCACACACGCACACAUAUUACCUCUCUCAACCUCUCACUAAAAUCUUAUACUGUCGUUUUUCUAUUUCUGAUUAACUACUCGGGCCACGAAAUGACCCGUUACAUACUCGUCACGAGCUCCAGCACGCAGGCCGGUAGCUGACACCGCGAUUUUACCUCGCGACUAACACUAACACAUGACGAUAACAUGACUGUGCUACGACUACCCAUGGAUGGUGUUUGGUUAAUCAAUUUUCAAGCGUGGGAUACCUGGGAAGGAUUUGCUACCUUACUAUUGAGUUCUGAGUUUUGAAUCCCCAUUGGCAGAAUGGAUAUCCAUGAUGAAACAGCGAUUGCUAUUUUUUAUCUUUUUCUUUAUCUAUUUUUCUUUUGAUUUUCUAUUUUUCUAUUUUUGUGCUUGGAUUUUCUUUCCAUCCCUGUGACAUAGUUAGAUCCCUAGCGAGCUUGGAUAUCAAGUGUGAUUUGAAUGAA